ACAUCCCUGAGGGAAGAAUGUGUUCUGCUUGUCCUAACCUUCAGUUGCACCAUGGCGCCUCAGGAGAAGAAGGAUGAACUCACCUGGAUGCAUGUUCUUGUACGCGUCUUCCUUAAUUCUACAACACACCCCAUUGAAUAUGCCAAGGUUCUCAUCCAGUUGGGUCAUGAGCCUCUGAAGCCCUACAAGUCAAGAACAGUAUUUGGGAGAGAAGCAUUCUACUACCCCAGUGUAUUCAGCUACAUUGUACACAUCAAGAAUCGUGAUGGAUUCUUUGGGUGCUACCGUGGACUGGGAGCAAAGCUCACAGCCAACAUUGUUAGUGGGAUUGCUUUCCAGAGAGUCACUGAGAGCAUCAAAUUCCAGGAGCUUGAUGAUGACAUGAUUGAAGUUGAGAACCUCACCGUUAAGGAGAGGACACAGAGAUUCCUUCAAAACACUUCUCGGGAGACUGCUGGCAGGGCAGCUGCUAUCUUAGUGUCACAGCCUUUCCAUGUCAUUGCUGUACGGUGCAUGGCUGAAUUUGUAGGAGAGGAAGGAAAAUAUACAGGAGUAUUUACUGCAGUGGGGAUCAUCUAUAAGGAACAAGGAAUUAAGGGAUUCUUCUGUGGGUUGAUUCCUCGGCUGCUGUGUGACCUGACUGCCCUGUGGCUUGGCAAAACACUUGCUCAUAUAAUCAACAACUAUUUAUUGGAAGAUCGAGAUCUAAAGCAAUAUGUGUCUGCAUCAAUGAAUUUUUUGGCAUCUGCCAUGACUUACCCCCUUCAGGUAGUAGCAAAUUGCAUGGCAGUAUCUGGCAGUGGAUUAGCUGCUGGCUCCCCACCAAAUAUGCCCAUUUUUAGUGGCUGGCUGGAUUGUUACAGCCACUUGCGUCAAAUUCGAGGCCUGAAGCGAGGUUCCUCCAUGCUGUGGCGGCCUUACACAGGUGCCACUAUGAUGAUGGGUGGUAGUUUGGAAAUUCCAUCCACAUCCAUGUUCUCUCCACCUUCUAUCUCUUAAGACCACCAAAGGUCUCAAGAUCCAUUCAGGUCAUCUUAUGCUGCCAAUACAUUGGAUGUUUGUGAUUUAAUAUUGUAUGGUGUACAUUGUUUGGGAACUUUACUUUUGCAGCAGUUCACAGAUCAAAGAAACUUUGUAUAUAUAUAUAUUUCAUUCACUUUAUUUUACAUAUGACGGACAGUACUAUGGCCUUGCAACACUGGAAUAAUAUUAAACAUUUUCAGUAAUGUAUAAAAGUAGCUGUAUCAAAUUAACUGACUUCAUGUAGAACUUUUACAGCAAUGUAAACUGAGUGUAACAAAGCUAUAAGAGUGAGAAUUUAGUCAGUAUUCUUCUCGGAGUUCACAGUGCAUGUUUUUAUGUACCCGAUUGAAGUGAUUAUUUUUUUUUUUUUUUUUUUUUUUUUUUUAGCAGUGCUAGAUGGACUUGUGAAAGCAACGGAAUGCUUAUAUAUGUAUUAGUAUUAGGUAAUACAUAUAGUAAGGCACCAAAGUGCAUAAUUACAUGUACAUACCAAAUAAGAAAUAGUGUGAUUGUGAUGUACCAGUAUAUCAGUAAACAGUGAUAAAUCUAAUGAGCUUUCUCAGACCACUUGACUUACCAUAUAUAUUGAUUGUUUGGCUAAGAAAAUGAAGGUAUGUAUGGUUUCAGUGCAUAAAUUUCUUUUGAACCAUACAAACUUUUCUGUAUGUGGGCAGAUGUUGGAAGGGACUUUAAGACCUAUAAAUUUUCCCCUUUCACUUCAGGAAUAGGUAUGUGAAUUGAGCAAUUUUAUGAGGAUUUUCAUAAAACAAAAAAAAUAUGGGAUCUGUUUGCUUACUAUUGGCUCUGAUAAGGCACUGCAGUAUCAACUUUGCCACAGUUUAACAAGAUAAUUAGUAUAGUUUAUCAAAGAAAAUUGUUGAUUUUUACAUUCAACACUCAUUGCAGUACAAAGAAACCAUCACUUCUCAAACAUUUCAAUAUCUUAUCUGGACAGCUCCUUACAGGCUCCAGUUAGAGUUAUUGUGGUUUUCAAGGAUGCUUUCAUGAUUUUUGUGAUAAUCUUACACGAAUAUUGCACUGUCAAUGGAAAAAACAUCCAUGGAGUCUGACAUCAUCACUUGGUUUUAAAAAGUGGUUCUUAUGAGAGAGCAAAGCACUUAAGACUGAGUCUAAUCUACAUUGCUAUAAAUGUUAUGGUGAUACUGAUGAUGAAUAUGAAGGUACUCAUACCAGCAACACUUAAGCCUGUAUUUUUAACCAUACAAGAUAUAUUAAUGUACAUCAGACACUCAGCAUCUGUAUUGUGUGAAUAAUCCUCAGAAAAAAACGACAGUAUUCUCAUGAUAAGAUAUCUCUCUUAUUGCUAUAGGUAAAAAGGCAUGGACACUUACUGAUGCUAAAGAUUGAAAUAAUUUGCUUUAUGUACGUAACAAAAUCAACACCAACCCUAGUCCAUCUCCUAAAACAGAAUGUUGUGCUAAGGUCAUGAAGGGUUAGCAUGUAAUGAACCUGUUCCAACCAUAGCUGGCUGUUUUUACUUGAAGAGUAGAGGUGGUGUGCCUCUGAAGCUGCCACUAAUCCUCAAAGGCUUGCAAUGUUUUUCUAACAAAAGAAUACUCAUAGAAGGAUGAAUUGUGGGUACUGUAGCAAUUUAUAUUUAUAUUAAUGUUUCAAUCAAUGUACUUGUGUUACAUUUACAUUGAUCUGAAGGAGUGUACUAAUGCACUGACUCAUACUAUGACUCAGACAUGCCUUCAUCAGUCUUGUGGGUUUCUGGCAUCUCUGCUUUGGUUAUCAUCCUUGUAAUGGCUUCCAGAACUUACCUCCUCCAGGUCAGUCUUGUGGGUUUCUGCCAUUUCUGGUUUACUGUUCAUGCUUAUUAAAUCUUUUUCCACA